GACAACGUUCAUGGCUCUCGGGUAGAACCCAGCGAAACGGCCAGAAUGAAUUCUAUGGACAGGCACAUCCAGCAGACCAAUGACCGCCUGCAGUGCAUCAAGCAGCACUUACAGAAUCCCGCCAACUUCCACAAUGCCGCCACAGAGCUGCUGGACUGGUGUGGAGACCCGCGAGCCUUCCAGCGGCCCUUCGAGCAGAGCCUGAUGGGCUGUUUGACAGUGGUCAGUCGGGUGGCAGCCCAGCAAGGGUUCGACCUGGACCUCGGGUACAGACUGCUGGCUGUGUGUGCUGCGAACCGGGACAAGUUCACUCCAAAGUCUGCCGCCCUGCUGUCGUCCUGGUGUGAGGAGCUCGGCCGCCUGCUGCUGCUCCGACAUCAGAAGAGCCGCCAGAACGACCCCCCUGGGAAACUCCCCAUGCAGCCCCCCCUCAACUCCAUGAGCUCCAUGAAACCCACUCUGUCGCACAG